CUCUAAGAUUUCUCUCCCUUCUUAUGCCGGCCACCACCUCCGGCGGAGCUGCCGGCAGGGCUACUCUGUCCUGCUCCUCCUUCAUCACACCUACCCCAGCCAACACUUCCCCUCCCACACAUACUCAACCCCCCAAAACCUUCCUCCAAGCACUGAACAACUGCCAUCAAGAACAUGUGUUUUUGCCCACUGAAAACCCACCUGAGAAAUACAAAGGUCUACCCUGCGUAGCUUUCAUCAAUGAAGAAGUCCAGGCCCUUGCCAAAAGGUUCUCUAGAGCACUUGUAGGUACCUUCUUCUAUGGACGGCCUAGUCUGCAAUUCAUACGCCAAUGUCUGGAAAAAAUUGGCUUCAAUGAAUUCUCUGUGGUUCUCAUGGAUAGCACACACAUCCUCAUCAACUUCUCCAAUGAUAAUGAUUUCCACCGCUGCUUCAAGAGGCAAGAUUGGAAACUUGGGAGCUACCAUAUGCGCAUUUCCAAAUGGACUCCAGACUUUGAUCCCAGGUAUGAGUCACCCAUUCUUCCUAUCUGGAUUUCCAUAAAAGAUCUUCCCAUCCACCUGCACUCCAAGUCCUCACUUAUGAGGAUAGGAAACCUGUUUGGAAAAGCCCUCAAAAUAGAUGCCACGACUGAAAACUACGGGCGACCAUCAACUGCUAGAGUCUGCGUAGAGGUUGAUAUCUCCAAACCCCCAACCACCAAAUUUUAUGUUAAAAAUGGCUCUAAUCCCCUCCUCCUCACAGCUGUAUAUGACGAACUCCCAGAAUACUGCAGGGAAUGCAGGGGGGUCGGGAGGCACAACACCCACUGCAAAUUUUCCAAGCCCCAUACAGAAACCUUGAAAACCCAAGGAUUACCUGAAUCCCAGUCAAAUCCAGUAAGCCACAGCCACCCUGAUGGCCGGAAAAUUCCCAAAGAUACAUCCAUACAGCAAAAAAACAAACCCACUGCAGGCUCCAGUCACUCAGACUUACAAACACUCCAAGCCAAAAAGCCACCUCAACCCAAAAAACUUUCAGAAGGCCCCCACAAGCCCACUGCAGGCUCUAAUAAUUUUCCCCUUUUAACACAUGACAGCCAACCCCCAAAUGAGAACACCUCUAAAAACAACCCCUCUACCUCCACAGAAAAGCCCACCACUAACAUUCCCUCCCCUAAGCCCAACCCCACAACUCCUCCUAGCCUUCCCUCCCAAAAGCCCAAUCUUACUCCCACCUCAUCUUCAACAAGCCUCCCUAACCCAAGCCCUUCACCCGAACCCAUUUCAGGCCCAAUACCUCCCAACACAAGCCCAUCUCCUCCCUCAACCUUCCACCCCAUCCCCCAACCACCCCCUACCUCCACACCACAGAGAACUUCCUCCCCUCCAAACUCAGUAGAUUUUUUUGGAAGAAGCUGACUGGGAUAUACUUAUUCAUAAUGAUAUUCUUGCAAAAUGCCUCCUGAGUUGGGAAGAAAACCAACCAUUUAAACCAACACCAAAGCAACCCAUUCCUCUCCACCUUUUUUCCUGUGAUGACCUACACUUAGAAACAGAAAACCUGGCCCUCACUCCCAUUUACCUUUCAGACCCAGAACCCCAGAAAAGCAGCUCCCAAAUUAACCACCCUAUUACACAGCAUCCUUCCUCAACUGCAGUACCCUCAGUAUCUACCCCCUUGACAGAACCAUCCCACUCAACUGCAGAACCCUCAUCCCAAAUGCACCAGCUAGUCACUGCAACCAAAGGAGCAAACAUUAGUGCAGAAGAUGAAAAUAACAACCAACCAUUCACAACAGUGAAAAGAAAAUCAAAGAGAAUUCAGGAG